GCUUGGAACUACACGUUUUAUUUGUUGGAUGAUGAUGGUAAGUUGUAGUGGUUUACAUUUAUGUUUUUAAAAACGUUAAAAUAAAGUAAUAAUUAAGAAAAGUAGUAAAAAUCGUCUAUAAGAUAUCCUUGUAACUAAGAAAUACACUUUUUAUAAUAAAAUAAAAAUUAUUAACAUAGAUUAUAGCUUUUAGACCUUUUAUGAUUGCUUUGCCCAACAAAAGAAAAACUCAUAAUUUUACAUUCUUUUUACAUAAACAUUCGUAACUUUCAAUAAAUAUAUUUUAAAUGUGUCAAUUUAAAUUCUAAUGUUUUCACAAAUAUAGCUGUAUAGCUUUAGAUACUAAACAAAAAACAUCUUUGCCUACCGAAGUUAUACUUUGUAACGAAUAUCAUUACAGAUUUGAAUAAUGUGAGGUGUAAAGAUGGGACAACAGAAAGAGAGACAAAGGCUUACAUUAACAGCAACUUCUCAUUCUGUAUGAGAGUGUUUGGUGGAUUGGAUAGUCAAUUACUAAUCAACAACAUAUCUUAUCCUAUUGAUCCAUAUUGUAAAAAUGGAAAGGUGGAAGUAGUUCAGUACUUUUCUAUAAACACUUUAAUCUGUCAUCUUGUGAUUUACAUCAUCAAUCUAACGAUUGAUGACUUCAUAACCUACAACGUUAGCCUGCCAUCUAUGGAUAAAAUGUUCAAAUUUACAGUGGCAAUGGAAAAAUGUAAGUCUAUUUCAUAUAAUGUAUAUGUAUUUGGUGUUCUUUAAAUAUUGCAAUAACACAUCUUAAAUGCUGAAAAUAUUUUUUAGGGAGUUUAAAUAUAUAUUUAAAAUGACAAUCAUUUAACUUCAAAAAGUAUAUAAACUAAUCACAAUUUGAUACCUAAAUACACAAAAUAUGGGGGUUUUUUUUUAUUUUUUUUUAAACAUACUGUCAUCUUCAUAUUUAUUAAAGGUUGUAUAUCAUGUUUUUUUUUUUAAAUGAUUUUUCUUUUCAAAUAAAUACAUUCAUUUUUUUCUCAGUUCCAAUUGAAAUAGAAUUCUAUGGUGAACAGAUGGAAAUAAUUAUAGACGGUAAAUCACUGUCAAAGAAGGCUACUUUAGGCCAACAACUAAUUUUGACAUGCAAAGUACACAGUACCGUUUCUUAUCUUGUGAAAACUUAUGUAACAUUUCAGUCUGGGCCUUUGAUUGAAACAUACAAUGAAACAAUUGUAAGGUUUAGAAUUGAAAGAUUCGAAUGCAAGGAUGUUGAGACAUGAUGAUAAUUUAAAAAAUAUGCCUUUACAUUCUUGUCAGAUCCACUUGAAAUAGAAUUCUAUGGUGAACAGAUAGGAAGUCUUAGAGACGACAAAUCACUG